ACGCCUGCUUGUAGUCAAUGUCUCUGCCUUGUGGAUAUCGAGUGUCGCACGCUGUUGGCGAAGAUUUCCGGGAAUCGAGACCGUAUCAUUAAUUUCUUAUGAAUUACCGCCGAUCGUUUUAGGAGACGACGCUAAUGUAUGUCAAGAAGUGCGUUGAUUAGUAUAAAUCCUCUUAUAAGUUUUCAUGAACUGAUACCUUGGCGCUCACAAGCUGAUCGUGGGUGUGUGCGUGAGUGUCAUUGAGUGACAGACCAUCACUGCCACGCUGCACUGAUAUUUAUGACGGUCAACCCCCCAGCCAAGAUGUAGGCAAAAACAAAGCUGUGUGGGACCAUAGCUGCUAUGACGGUUGCCUGGUGCUCUGGUGAGCAGCCAGUGGUCCUGAGCAUCAUAACUAUGGCUGACCAUCAGGAUGAAUAGGCGUGGGGGCAAUAGAGCCAAGCGGACUGCAGAAUCCAAAGCUUCAAGCAGCUCUGGCCGUGGGUCAAAACCCAGCUCUCGUAAGGAGGGUGAACCUGCCAACCCACCUCCCUUGCCCAACACAUCAUCAGGGAGUAACGUAUCCCAUGGAAAGAAGGGAGAUGAUGGCAGUGGGUCAGUAAGAGUUCGGAAAGAUGCCUUGUCUAGUGGAGGCAAUGACACGGUUACCCGAACUGAGGGUGGCUCUCCUUCUGUGGCUCCUGGGGAUGACGCUGUGGUGAGUAACCAGGGCAGCAUCACCGACUCUGCCAUGCCUGCCGCCACAGUAAACCGUGGCCAGCGGGUCGGUGUUGCACAAUCUAGCCGGGAUGCCACAGUUACGGCUUCCUCCGCUGGGACGACUUCAGCCUCAGCUGCUGCAAAGGAGGAGAAGCAGCCAGUCCACGAUGUAUGCAAACUGCCCAAGAAGCGGAAGUUUCAUCCGUCAGACCUGGAGGAUAUGCAUGAGGGCCCAAGGCCAGUAGUGGGCCCCAGAAGCAAUCCAGCUUCAACUGUAUCAACAGUAGCUGAUAUGAGGAGUGUCUUGUCUACAGUUGUGGAAAGUCCAUCAGUCAGUGUAACUUUGCAAAACCCUUUAGUAACAGUGCCAACAGCAGUUGCAAGUAUAUUGGAGAACAAGCCACAAGAUCUCCGAGUCAACACAACUGGCACUGAUCUGGGUGGAAAUGGUUAUGUUAGUGGUGGUGGAGAUAGCAGUGGGCAUGAGAAACAAAAAUGUGAAGAGAACUUGAGCGACAGUCAACCUUUAAACAUGACUAGUAGUUCAACUAACACCGUUACUGUACACACCAUGCCAGUUCAUAAUGUAACUCCACAAAUGAUGACUGUACAUCGACAGCAACCACUCCCCCAAGUUACCAGUCAGUUGAAACUUGCACCUGCCACACAAGCCCCUCCUCCAACAAACACUGCCACUGUGUCAACGCAUAUACUGAAUCCACACCAGACUACACUAGUUACAAUUCCACAGUAUCCACAAGGUUCUCAUGCCUCUCCACAACAGUUGCAACUUCAUCAGCAACAACAGAGACAAAAGUUGCAGCAACAACAGGCACAGCAUCAUCUUCACCAUCAGCAACAUCCUCAUCAUCAGCAAAUUCAGCAUCAGCAGUCACAUCAUCAACAGCACCAGCAUCCAGUUCAUCAACAACAUCAGCACCAACAACCACCAGCACCAGCACCUCAACAACCACCUCAUCAUCAGCAUCAGCAACAACAACAGCAGCAGCAGCAGCAACAUCAGCAACAGCAGCAUCAGCAGCAGCAACAACAUCAGCAACAUCAACAGCAGCAGCAGCACCAACAGCAGCAGCAGCCACAACAACAGCAGCAGCAGCCACAACAACAACAGCAGCAGCAGCAGCAACAUCAACAACAGCAGCAGCAACAGCAGGUUCAGCAGACCCAUCAUCAUCAGCAUUCUUCACAGCAGCCCCAACAAAUCCAGCACCAGAUGGGACCUGGGGGUCAUCACCAGGUCCACCUGCCACAUUUAGUGCCACCAGUUGCACAUGCCCAAACUAGUGGGUCUCAAGGCACCAACGACCAUAUGUCACAGUCACCAGGUGCAAAGGUGGAGUUCUCUCAGCCAAAGCAGUACACAGGCUUUAAAAGUGUUGUUGAUGCUGCAGCUCAGGUCACUCUAUCCUCGCACCAUGUUUCUGGGGACACAAGAGAAGGUGGUGAAGUGCCUAGGACCCCAGAGAUGUGGUCUUCACAGCAGGGUGUAGCUCGAGCACCUGUUGACUUGAGUGAGUGGAAAGGGCAUAGAGUACUUGCUAAACGUGGCCCACACUACUAUCCUGCAGUGAUUAGGAGUGUUAAAAAUGGAUGUGAUCUUAUAGUGAGGAUUGAUGCUGAUCCAGCUAGUGAUAUAUUGUACAGCAAUGUUUUUACCACUGGAAAAUUUGAUGUUAUAAGUGAUGCAGUUCCAUCAGGGAAACAGCUAGUGGAAGGGGCACGUGUAGUGGUACGUUUGGAUAAGGAACAACAAAUGUUCUCAGAGGGUGUUGUGUAUGAACGUCAAGGUUCACCAACUUGUCAGUACCUGGUGAGAAUCAGUGGGGAGGCAGGCAGUCAGGGCUCAGCUGUUACCAAUAACCAUUGGCUGUUACGGCCACAUCUACGGUUGUUACAGCCUCCAUGGUGGGAGGACCUUGAGCCCCAUGGACAAUCAUCUGUCUUAUCCACGGGACCCCAUCAGUAUAGUUCUCAUAAGCCUGGUGGUUAUCUCCCACCAAGCUACCAGGAAACCCCAUCCCAGCACCUAGUACCUGCUGGACCUGCUUAUUCCAUUGUACCAACUAUCUAUGGUACCAUUACACCUCCCAAUAAUGUAACACCACCUGGCAGUGUAGCCAUGACACCACUCAGUGGUCAGUCAGGGUCUGCUGGUCUGAGCUCUGGGUCUGAAGAGUUAAGGAGAAGACAUGAUGAAUACGACAGUGAUGAUGACCUUGGAAGAGAGGAUAUUACAUUUCCUUCAGACACAGGUCACUAUAGUGGUAACCACAGGUCGCUGUCCCUGACUCCAGGUGCUUUGGGUAGUAAAUACAUGGGGGAUCCCAAAAGGGCCUCUAUGCACAGCCGUGGGUCUACCUCAAGCCUGAUUGAGCAUGGCAGUAUUGGGACCACCACACCAAGAUCAACUCCAGUGACACCAAGAUCUGGAACUGCAACCCCGCUUAAGUACAAGAAAGGAGAGGUUGUCACCACUCCAAAUGGUAUUCGUAAGAAAUUCAACGGGAAACAGUGGCGGCGGCUCUGUGGGAAGGAUGGAUGCAGCAAGGAGAGUCAGAGACAGGGAUAUUGUUCCAGACAUCUUUCUAUGUACGGCAAGAGGCUUCGAAGUUCAUCCAUUACCUUCAGUGCUGGGAAAGACACUCCGAGUGUUGAAGGGAACUGGGAAGAGAUGUCAUGUGAUUCGGACACAUCUCCAAACUUUAAUCUCACUGCCCCAAGAUCCCAGGAUGAAACAGAGGCUGCAAACAUGCUGAUGACGCUUAGCAACUCCUCGAGAUCUACAACCCCUGCGGGCGGUUUCUCUCCAACAUCCAUCUCACCAAGAGCUAUCCAGAGUCCUGUAACUGUGGGUCCCAGAGGAAAUGUCUUUAUGCCCAUCUCUCAACCUGGCGCCCCUAUUACAUCUCCUACUGGUCGCCAGUGGGCUUCGCACGACCAUGUCAGUAGACAUCCUGCACCAGCUCUCCCUCAAAGACAGCCUAUUAUUCGGCCAGAACUAGUUCGUCCAGUGACCAAACUGCCAUCAACAGUUAGCCAAGCAACGGGUGGCACGAGUGUGAUCCGAGCCUCCCCUAGCCAUGCCAUGCCUGUGGGUCAACCCCAUAGUGUAUCAUCAGCCCUUAGUAUUCAGGGUCCUCAGGCGACUUUGGCAAUGACAGGGCCCUCAGGCAUGAGGCUGCAUCAGGCACCUGAUUCUGUCAUACAAGAUGGAAGAGGUGUCCUUACUAUCCACCCUCAUGUGAGCACCUUGAGCAGCCAGGUGAUUACAACCUCUUCCCAGGGCCAUCAUGAGAAGAUUAUGGAUUCAGGAGAAGCAGUUGCCUCAGAAGCUGGUCAGUCAUCUGCAGUCAUCCUGGAGAAAGCUCUCACCUCUGCCAGUGAAUCCAAACCAGAUUCUGAACCCCAACCCCAGGAUCUCUCUAAUAGAUUUCGGCCAAUUGAGAGAUUGGGGUUUAGUAAUGAACAACCCGACAUUGUAGACAUGAAGUCGGGGAAUGAUGGGGAAGGGCACAUGGGAGGUUCUGGGGAGCAGGAAGGACUGUUGUUGCGUGCCAGUAGUGCUGCUGUUAGAGAAGGUAAAAUAAAUAUAUCAGAUCAGACAACUACAAUAGAAACUGUAGGUAUCAAAAAAGAGGAAACUCCAAAUCAGAGGACUGUUGUAAAAACGGAAGUGAUGCCACUAACAACCUCAUAUUUAACUGGGCCAAACUCAGGAGCUGUGAUAAUAACUCAGCCAAGAAGCCAUGUGUCACUUCCUUCUACAGACCAUGUUAUGGUUGAUGCUUCGUCUGGGAAAGAGGAGGAGGGGAGGGAAGUUACUUGGGAUCAACAACAAAACCAACCCAUGUAUCACUGGAGUCAACUUGUUCCUCUCAUUACUACACCCAAUAGGAAUGCAAAUAAUCAGCAGCCGCCAAAAAACGAGAUUGAAGUCAAACCAGCAACUAACGGUGAUGUGAUAACUAAUGGCAAGGGCAUCGCAGAGAGCAUGAAUGAUGGAGUUGCUGGGAAUAACAGAACGAGAGAAGAUGGACAAGAGCGGAGAGAGUCAUGCAGUCAGGAAACGGACUUCGACAUGACGGCGGAUGAUGAUGAUGUUUUCCUGACUGAUCUAGAUAACACUGCCAGUACGAAUAACAAGAGAAGAACUCAGUCCUUGGGAUCAUUUUCAGGGAAGGAGGAGCCAAAGAGUCCAAGAAAGGGUAAAGGUGAGAGGGAGCACAUACGAAGACCAAUGAAUGCAUUCAUGAUCUUCAGCAAGCGACAUAGGCCAUUAGUACAUCAGCGAUACCCUAACCAAGAUAACAGAACUGUUUCUAAAAUCCUAGGAGAAUGGUGGUAUGCCCUAGGCCCUGAAGAAAAGCAGAAGUAUCACAGCCUUGCCUCUGAGAUUAAAGAGCAUCACUACCGAGCCCAUCCCGACUGGAAAUGGUGCAGCAAAGAUAGACGCAAGUCAUCCACCAGUUCUAAUAAGGGGGAUGGUCCCCCAUAUACCCCAGGAGGACCAAUAUCGGAAGGAAUGCCUCUUACUCCAGGGGGCCCUAACAGCAGUGGCCCACCCUUGACUCCAAAUGUCACCUCUGCACCACUCACCCCUGGUCCCCAGGAUCCACCCACCUCCACAGCAAGGAAAAUCCCAAGCUCUAUAUCAGGAAACCAGCUGACCAUAUCACAACCAACCACUAUGACUAACAAUGUGCAGAUUUCAGUGCCUGGACAUGGUACAAAUGCCAGUGGGCCAAGAAGAGAUACCAUUGGCUCAGAGGUGUCAGACGAUGACUCCAAGAUGGUUAUAUGUGAGGAAGGAGCAGCUGAGGGGAAUGGAGAUAAAACAAGUGUUAAAACAGAUGUGAAUAGUGAGAUAGAUUUAGCGUGUAAAGAGCGUGUAGGUGAUUCAGAUUCUGAGACUCAGAGUGACACAGAAGUUAGUGAACGGUUGCGAAGACCUUAUUCUCCUCCAGGUAGUGGAGAUGUUAAGUACAAGCCCAAGCCAAUUAAAGGAAGACCACCUCUUUCAACAGAAGAAGUAGUUACACUUUAUGGGCCAACAGGUUCAGCUCAGUUAGGGGCUGACCAGCUUAAUGCUGCUGGUAAACCGUCACCUAUUCACUUGCCUUCUACCCCAACAUUCCACAUGCCUUCUACAUCUUCAUUGCAGUCAACAGGCAGUGCCUUCAGCAGGUCAAUGCCACCUUCCCCAAAGGUGAGGAGUGUUGGAGAGAACAAUAUUCUACAGCAAGAGAAUGAAAAAGGCACAGGGUCCUCAGCCAACCUUGGUGCCAAUAUCAAGAUCAUUAGCAAUGUGUCUUCUCCAGCUGGGCAACGGACUGUUAUGAAGACCAAUCAAAUCAAGUCUAUUCAUAACCUCACUGUCACCACCCAGGAGAGGAAGCCUGUGUUAGUUGACACACCAAUUAGUCUGCGCACAAGCAAGAGUGACAGCAAUAAGACUAACUUAGGAGGUGUUGCUGGCACAGGUGUUACACUCCCAGCUGGAACACAGGUUAUCCCAAGCAGUGGUCAGCAGGUAUAUCACUCUGGGAUCAUCACCACUACUGCUUGUUCAACCACUACAUCUGGAGGAACCAUUCCUAAAACUGCCUUUUUAAUGUCACCAGGCCAAUAUGCCUUACUGAAUACUGGUGUUAAAGGUGGUACUUUAGUGGCCCCUGGUGGAAACUCUCCUAUGCACGUCACCAAUGUGGUAGUGAAAACAACCCCAGCAACCCCAGUUGGUAGCCAACCAAGUGUAACCAAAGCAGUCUCAACAGGGUCUGGUCAACCAACACAUGUGCAAUACCUUGUUCCGUCUUUCACUCAAGAUGGCAAGCUGAUACUGGGAAGUAACUUAAUUGUGUCAGCAGACCCUGCUAAACAGUUGACUGUUACCCCAGUCUCUUCCGCAGCAGGAAUGAGGAUGGUUCCGUCCACAGGAGUGACGACCACAGAUCCAGGGGGUGUCAUCAAAACCAUAACAAUGGCUGGAGUACCGAAAACUACAGUUGCUUCACAAGCUCAGGGAAUGGUGUUGAUCUCAGGGUCACGACAAGGAAUUGGAACUGUUGGACCUCAGCUUGGAGUUAGUCAAGCAGUUUCCCUUACACAAGCAUCUUAUCAGACACUCCCUGCAGGUCGAGGGUCAGGAGGAGCUGCAGCAGUUGUGACAAACUCUCCAGCUGCAGGGUCCAUAGCUGCCAUAUCUUUUCCUGUGCAGCAGUCAUCACCUCCACAACAAUUACAACACUCACAACAGCAACAGCAGCAAAUACAACAGCAGCAGCAACAGCAACAACCACCUCCACAACAGCAGCAACCACAGCAACAGCAGAAGAUAAAAGCCCAGGUAGCAAACAUACCUCUUGCAACCACAGGGUCUGGCAUAGCAGGAGCUGGAACUGAGGAAGAGAAUUUAGAUGAUAAACCAAAAUUUAUUCUUGCACCAACCCCUGCCCAGCUAGGCAAAGCUCCAAGGCAAAAGAGACAGUCCUCAACAGGACAAAACUCUGCAAUAGCAGAUACCCCACCACAACUGUCUCCAGAUAUAAAGAUGGCACCCCCACAACCACCCAGCGGAGAGACCAAGGUGUCUCCAGGAGGAGGCAACAGUAGUGAAAGUGAUUUAGCUGGAGUUCAGCACAUGGCAUCGGUUCCCCCAUCUCCCAGUGGGAAGAAAAGUUUCUUCAAGAAAAAUAUAGAGGAUGGCAUGGACAAGGUCUUAGAACAAGUAAACUUUGAACAGAAGUUUGGGGCACUCCCGGAGUUUAACCCUGAUGAGGUCCAGUCUCCAAAUGUUAACACUAACACCGUCCCUUCUGUUCCAUCAUCCCCUCGCACAUUUAUCAGUUCAUAUAGAAAGAAGAGAAAGCUUUCCACUGGAGGUGAGGAAUCCGAGGCCGAAACCCCCAUGAGCGUCACCCCCCACCUAACUCCAUCACUCACUCCCUCAUCCACACUACAGGGAUCCAAGUUCUUCCCUCCUGAUUUCAACCCUGAAACUUUCAAAGAGCCCAGACCUGAAACAGCUGAUAUAGACUCUCCAGCUGGUGGACGUUCACCUAGAACCCCCAAAACUCCACGUGAUGCAGAUAAAAGUCACUCUUCCCUAAGACAUAUUCUUGACCAGCGUCGCGCUCUUGUCAUGCAACUGUUUUCAGAAUAUGGCUGGUUUCCAUCUAACCAGGCAGUAUCAGCAUUCCAAGCUCGUAAUUCUGAUAUUUUCCCCACCAAGAGCUGCCUUAUCUUAAAGAUUCGUGAAGUACGACAAAAAGUUCAUCAGAACACUCCAAAUACCCCAGGUGUACCAAGUAGUCCCAACCCAGCUGCUGCUGCUGCAUCACAUGGAGCACCAGUGCAUCCCCAACUUUCUCACAAUAAUCAUAACAGUGCAAGAGGAUCCCUACCUGCAGCAGUGCCAACGUCAAGCCAAGCCUCCGCCACGCUCCCCGUGACCACGUAAUGAUAAAUUAUUGCUAGAUUGUUAAGUCAUUGUUAAUUUUCAUUUUGUUUUACCGGUGUCAAACAUCAUAAUAAAAGAAAUAUAUUAUUGGUAUCUCUAGUGCUUGAUAUUAUCAACAAGUCUGUGAUUUUUUUCCAUCAAUAUUCAAGAAGCUAUAGUUGUGAUCAGUGGUUUUGAUGAAUCCUCCACUGUAGAUCCUGCCUGCCACCCAUGCUGCCCGUGCAUCGUUGCUCAAUUGUUGCCUCUGUGAACUUGUGGCAGGAUCAGUGACUUCGGACUUUCAGUAUGACAGUAAAUAAGGUAUAUUUGUCUAUGUGGAAACUGUUGAACUCAGAGGAACCUCAGAGGAUCAACUCACUGGUGAUGUCACAGAUAUCAUUUAGAUGUUGCUCAUAUUUGAACUGAUGAUGCUUCAAUGUUUUUACCCAAGAAGACAUCUAAUGGAGACCUUUAAUCAGCAUAAAUGAAAAGGUAAAAAAGUUUUAAAACAAGUUUUGUAAUUUUCAAAUAGCUCUGCCUAAGAAGUGAUAUAGUUUGUUAUUACAAAGUUCUAGUACAUUAUCUGAUUGCUUGGAAUUUUUACAACUGUCUUGUAUUUUGUAUUGUAAGACAUAUUACUUGCGUGUAUGUGAGUGUUGUGUUUGUGUAUCUUUCUUUCUGUGCAACACAGAACAAUGGCUGAGUAGUUCUAAGGGCACACAGAGCUGAUGUGACGUGGCAUGAACCAGACGUAGAACCAAGGUGGUUUAGGAGGGAAGAGAAAUGAAUUUCAAGUUUUGGAAUGGAAUUCAGUAGGGUUGAUUUUUGUCAAUUGUUUCAGCUCCUCAAGCAUUAAAAGUUGUAUAAUCUCUCAUUGUAAUGAAUUCCACAUUUUUGUACAAUUUUGAUGGAAUCUGAUCGAAGCGGUUACAACAAACAUUAGGAGAAAUUAUUAGGGAUUUUAUGUAGGACUUUGUCAGAAGUUGCCCUGAAGUUUUCAAAUAUUAUUUCUUAGUAUUUUUGAUAUUAUCCUCUUGAUUCAUGUUUAAUUCUACUGUGUAAGGGACAAGCUCAAAGGAAAUAUUACCUGGUGUACACCUCUAAGUACAAGUGAAGCAGCAAUAUGUAUACUGAAUUUGUUGAGACUUUGGUGUUGGGAGGCUUUAUUGUAGCUACAAUUGGGCAGUUGAAUCUGAAAUAGAAGAUUGUGGCAUAAUCUAAUGUUAUAAACUUCUGUGAAACACAAACAUGAUGGGACCAGCUGUCAUGAGCUUCAGUAUAUCAUAAAGAGGUGCAUUAUCUCUUUACAUUACUGAGAUACAGACUCGCAUUCAUAUAUAACCUGUAAAAAAGGGGAGGGACACCAUCUUCCUGUAGCCCGUCUUUUACAGAAGGUGAAUGAACAAUGUGAAUAGUGUACAGUUGAAUCUCAUUGUAGUUAGUGAGCAUGAUCCUGUACCCUGUAUGAUGGGAUAAUUUAACUAUUUCCAUAAUGUGGUUGUUUAACAAACUUUCAGAGACUUGGUGUUUCAAGUAUUUAAUGUCCAAAUUCUCAGAGGUUGUUGUUAAGGUAGCAAGAAAGCAUCAUCUUAUCAACCUUAUGACUGGUGACAAUAAGGAUGAAUGUAAAGUGUUUGUACAGUGAUAAUAUUGCUCUAUGAUGCAGGUUAGAUGUUUUUGUUAUUUUUUAUAUUUUAUUAAUCAAGUUUGUAGAGUUACUGCAUUAGAAUACUGUACAAUUAAGAACAAUGCUCCCAGUUCACCAAUAUUACUUUAUUACAAGUAGUUAUAAGAAUUUGGAUAUGGAAUUUGCCAGAGCUCUGAAGCUGCACAUAUGGGUUACAAAUAUACCUUCAUAAUGUAAGAAACUUUUCUGUCUGAUUUCUUAGCUGUGAUAUUUUCCCUAUUUUCAUGUGAGCUUUAUCACACCUCUUGCUGGUGCCAGAUGAAGAUGACCCAUGAAGGAAGAGAUGGUGUGAGUUACUCAUCUAACCUGUCUAUACAUAGUCCAGAGUGGAGGGAUGUGGAUCACGAUUUUCUGUUGUACCAUUGAGAAGUAGGGCCCCCUCAGAGAGGAUCGUUUUCUUUGUUAUAUGUACUACAAGAGGUAUUAAUAGGAAAGAUGUCUAUAUCUUGUCAUUGGAAGACUGUAGGGCCACUAAAAGGAAGUGUUUAUUUAUCUCUCAACUGUAAUUCAUCUUUGGGAUCUCAUAAUUCAUGCACAUGUAUUAUAUUGUAAAAAGAUAGAGGAUGCCAUGGGCGGUAGUUGUUGGCAGCUUCCUUUGUUUCUGCAUUGAAUCAUGAGGAAUGAAUAUUCAUGGGAUCAUGUCCUGAAGCAAGUGAGACCACAUUUUUUUCCACCUCCAUUCUUUUUUUACCUUUGCAUCCUUCUUCACUCAGUAGGAGCAAAUGUGAAGGCAUGUGCUGUGGCAUUAAUGGCAGAUGUAUUAGUGCAACUUCUGCCAUCAUCUGCUUUGUAUUUGGUCUGCAAGCAAUAUGUGCCUCUCUUGUUGAUUCUGUGCAUUGUUGACUCAUUUAUUUGAGUUGUAGACUCAAGAGCUAGGUACACUCAUCAACAGGCUUUAGUGUUGAUCUUAUUGUUUUCCUCUUUAGUACUUAAAGAAUGAAACAAAUUCGUUAGCUGCCAUUAAGAUAUCUGAUUUUUGUUUACUUUUUUAUUUAUUUAAUUUAUAUUUUUUAUGAGUUUCCUCCCCAUUCUAUAUUCUUCCUUCAUAAAAUGUUAUGUUUGUCUUCCUAGAAUGUCUUCUUUUUCAUAGAUUUUUUUUCUUUUUACUUUUUUUUUUUUCUUUAUGUGGGAUAAAUUGUAAGAAAGUGAGUUGUUUGUUGAUAGAAGCAGUUCCUACUUUUUUGUGGCAAUUCAUAACAGUUUAUUGUUUUUUAUGUCCUUAAAUACCUCAGCAGUAAUUACAAGCUUAGUGUAGCUGUUCAAGAACUAUAUGAAUUAUAUUUCAGUACAGGUAAAACAGGUGUUUUAUACAUAGUUUUCAAGGAAAAGCUUCAUGCCAUAUUUUUUCUUUAUAUUCAUUUCAUAAUGAUGAUUAUAUCAUCUCUGACAAACCCCUCUGAUCUCAGAAAUUUAUCCCAUGGGCCUUUGUAUAGUCUAGAAGUAUUGCUAGAUUUCUAACAAUUUUAUCAGUUGUUUGUAAAAUGGAAAAUUUAAAGGUAUGCAAAGAAUAAUUAUGUUACUGUUGUAAUGCUGGCUAGGUGACUGUUGCACCAUUCCAGAUGUAGAUUAAACACAGGGAAAGGGAUCAGUGCUGCUGUGGUCAUUAAAGUUGAAAUAUUCAAGUAAAUCACCAUCAUCCAAUUGCUUCCAUGUAUAAAUAUUACAUAUAAUUGUAAUUUUAUAUAUUAUAUUUUUUUCAUAUAUCUGUUUUUUUGUUUAUGAUUGUUUGAAAUGAAUUUUCUCAAUUUGCUUUUAUUGAGUUAACUGGCCAGUUGUUAUUUGUGAGUAAUAUGCCAAAAGAUAAUUUAGUGUUCUGCACUAACUUUCAUAUUUCAAGGGAACUCUUUGUUUGUGAUGGAGAUUGUGGAUCUUCAGCCCAGAGUUGUGAUGAAGCCCAGCACCUAUUGUUCAUGAUAGGAUAGCAUAUUUGUAAAGGAGACAGCCAAGAUGUAAAGAAACUUGUCUUUGUAUUUUUAAAGUUAUAUUAUGAAUGUGCAUAAAAAAAAAAUUGGGAAAUUAGACAGGACAUCUUUCAGAUUAUGUGACUUAAAAGUUGUACCUCAAGACAUGCAUAAAUUUACCUAUCCUAGUGGUCGUCAUAUUUCCAUGUAAUCUUACUUGCCGUUUGGUGGUAUAUAGUUUCUCAUUUAGUCUGGGAAUUUGGAAAAGUUAUUUGUACCUUAGAAGAUGUUUAAUUUUAAGGACAUUUAAGAUUAUGCAGUUAUAAAUUAGGAAAUAUGGCAAUGCAAGCAUUAAGGUAUAGAAACAUGUAAUCUAUGUCUUUCAAGACUUGACAUUGAUUUGAAGUGUAAGUUUGUGUUUGUCAUUAAUAUAUAUAUAUUUUUUUCAUAUCCUUUUGUUGUGUGAUUCAUUUUGCACAUAAUCCCUAAGAUGCAAAAUGACUGUUUGCCAAUAUUUUGCUGUCAUGAAUGUACAGGUGCUGAAUAUGUAAGAUAUUGAAGUUGACACCAGUUAUUGCUUUCUGUUACAGAUGGGUUGACAGUACUUUUAUUAGAAGAAUUUAUUGUUUUGAUUUUAACGGAACCUCUUUGUUAAACAAGGAUAGGUGGAUUUUUUCUUUUUUCUCUUUUAUUUCAUCUCUAUCUGUCCCAUUUUCAGUUGUUAUAUGUUAAUUGUUAUUUUUUCCUUAUGGGUUACACUACAAUCAUUAGAACAAAUGUCAGAGACCAGCAUAAGACCAGUGAUAUAAUAUGUGGUGCUUUUUUUACAAAUAUUAAAAUUUCAUUAUUAUUUUUAUUUUAUUUUAUUAUAAUUUUUUUUUUUUUUUACAUCAUUAUUUUGUACAUCAUCCUCAUCUUUGUCACUAUCAUCAUUGUCAUAAUUACUGUUAUAAUUACAUUAUUAUAAUUAUUGAUGUUACUGGUUUUGUUAGUAAUGUCAGUAUCAUUAUUAUUAUUAUUAUUAUUAUUAUUAUUGUUAUUAUUAUUGUCAUUAUUAAUUAGGUAGUAAUUAAUAAUAAUAAUAAUUGUUAGCAUUAUCAUUAUUAUAUUAUUGUUAUUAUUUUAUUAUUAUUAUUAUUUUAUUAUUAUUAUUAUCGUUAUUAUUAUUAUCAUUAUUAUCAUCACUAUUAUUAUUCAGAAUCAUUAAGUAUUAAAAGCUAUUUUUUAAUUUUUGUACUUGUCUUCAGUCCUCAUCAUUGUGGAUCAUGCUGACAAAAAGAAAUACAUUAUCCAUAAGCUUGGCCAGUGUGACCUAAGUUGAUGACUUAGAUGAGGCUCAUUUUAGGCUUUGAUAUAUAUAUAUAUAUAUAUAUAUAUAUAUAUAUAUAUAUAUAUAUAUAUAUAUAUAUAUAUAUAUAUAUAUAUAUAUAUAUAUAUAUAUAUAUAUAUAAUGUGUAUAUAUAUAAUGAAUUUGAGCCCUUUGAACUGUUACUCAGGGUUCAUAUAUGACCGACAUAUAAACAGGCAGGAGUGAUUUUUUCUGUAGCAAAACAGAAAAUAAAUGUUUGAGACAUGUGUGCCAUAGCUUCAGGCAGUUUUAGUAAAAAUCAUUUGAGUUUUUCCUGUUAUGUUCCACAAAAAGUGCAAUUUUUGAACAUUGAGUGAAGUUAAUUCAGCUGUGACAUCUUAUUGUGUAAAUUCAAGAUAAAACUUCAGAAACAAGUGCAAAAUUAUAAUAAGGUUUUCCAACCCAAAGAAGAAUUGCAGUUAAUCCAAGAAACAUUCCUUCCAAGUGGAGCAGAGUGAGGAAUGUAGUGUGUGACCCCUAGUAGUUCAUAAGUGGCAAAUAGGAAAAAUGAAGCAGUAUUCAUAUGUAAUUUUUUAUUGUAUAAAGCUGUACAGUUGA